UUUCUUUUCAAACUCUCCCUCUUGACACUGAUUACCCAAUCAUCGCCUUUGCUUAAAAAAACACAGCUACAGACAAAUAAAGUUUGUCAUGCAAUCAAGUGUGGGUUUAUUCUGAAGGUUUGGCUGCAUAUGCGUCGUCAACUCAACAUCAACACCAACACCAACACCUUAUUGGAGGCAUGAAAAUAGCUUCAUUCAAUGUUCGGAGGUUUGGACAGGCAAAAGUCUCACGUCCAGAUGUUCUGUCGACUCUUGUCAAGAUUGUGUCUCAAUAUGACAUUAUACUGAUCCUGGAGGUCAUGGAUGUGACCGGAAGAUCUGUUAAAGUGUUCUUGGAUGAACUGAACAAGGUCAACACAACCCAUCACUAUGCACUGCAGAUCAGUACCCGCCUGGGAAGGACCAAAUACAAGGAACAGUUUCUGUUUCUAUACAGGGAUGAUGUGGUCGACCUGAUAGACAGCUAUCAAUACGAAGACAACCAGGUGAACAACAAGGACGCUUUUGCCAGAGAGCCAUAUAUUCUCCACUUCAAACCACACAACACAGUGCUGAACGAUAUAGUGCUGAUCCCGGUCCACACCACGCCAUCGGACUCAGAGAAAGAGCUAGAUGAGCUGUAUGAGGUCUUCCUGACGGUCAGAGACAAGUGGAAAACUGAUAACAUUAUGAUCCUGGGGGAUUUCAACGCAGAUGGUGCCUAUGUCACACGUAAAGAAAUGAAGGAGAUCCGUAUUCGCAGCGACAAGAAUUUCCACUGGCUGAUUGGUGAUGACGUGGACACCACUGCAAAUACAUCAAAUGACCACACCUACGACAGGAUUGUUGUGUAUGGAGACAACAUGCUGGCAGCCAUGGUGCCAAACUCAGCCAAGCCAUUCAAUUUCCAGCAAGAGUUUGCCAUGACAGAGGAAAUGGCCCUUAGAGUGAGCGAUCACUACCCUGUUGAGGUAGAAUUACGCAGCGCUCCUCCCUUCUGGAUGAAGAGGAGCAACCACAGUUGUGACGUUGUUGAUACCCACCAAGCAUCAGUUAACAGAAAUGUCACAGAGAAUUUGCAGGUUGAUGUGCUGAAACUUCAGAAGGAAAAUCUCCUGCUGGAGCGAGAAAAACUUCAACUUCAGAUCUUCUUAUUAAAACAACGACUUGCUAGUAUGCAACUCAAAUAAUGACUUGUAGAUGUCAGUGCUUCUGUUUCGGCUAAACUGUUUUUGUUUUUUAUGAUCAUUUGUGUGUACAAUUGAUAAAUAAUGGUUUGUUUUGUGUGUUUUUAAUUACACUGAUAAGAAGCAGCAUGGCCCAUGUA